CACAGUCGAGCCCCGUUAAACAAAUUUACCCUCUUAUUUUAUUACUUGUGUCAACAUUUUAGAUCUUUAUUGGAUUAUUUAUUUGUAACAUGUAUUUCUGAUCCGCCAACAUGGUGUUGCUGCCUCCGUGUGCCCCGGAUCAGUGUGGGAAGGAUUUCAGACAUUCGCUAAAGAAACCGAGCCCCAACUAUCCUCACGGGCAUAAGCUGAAGAAGCCGAGGGUAGUGCCAGCUUUCACGAUACAAGCACUUCAGAAGAAUACAAGAGUGCUACCGCCUCCAAAAUGUGGAGUCUUCGACCCUCUGCCAGUGAGGCCUACAAUGUUCCGGAAGUGCUACCAAAGAGGCGAGUUUCCGGUGUCCAUCGAAUUCACAAACUUCGGGAAGAAACUUGGAUGGAAGGUGCCAAUAGAAAAGCUGGACUUCCACCACUACCUGCCGAUGUUCUUCGACGGGUUGGCUGAAGGCAAAUAUCCCUUCAACUUCAUCGUGGAGCAGGGCAUCAAUGACCUGGUGCAGAAGGGCUCGUACAAAGUGCUUCCAGUGGUCCCUCAGCUCAUCAUUCCUAUCAAGAAUGCCCUAGCCACGAAACGCUCCAGCGUCAUCUGCCAUGCUCUCAAAUGUAUUCAGAUGAUAGUGACUGGCUGUGAUCGAGUCGGUGAAGCGCUGGUGCCGUACUACAGGCAAAUAUUGCCAACCCUCAACCUGUUCAAGGAUAGAAACCGCAGCUUGGGUUCUGGCAUUGACCACACCACCACUCGAGGUGAGAACGUAGCCGACCUUAUAGAAGACACCCUUCAGAUCCUGGAACGCUACGGAGGACCUGACGCCUUCAUCAACAUCAAGUACAUGAUACCAACUUACGAGUCUUGUGUGCUCAAUUAGAAUUUAAAAAACAAAAAAGUCUUAGUGUAUUUGGGAGAUAAGCGCUUUCAAGAACUAAUCUAAGGUCUAAU